AGAUCCAGGGGCCCAGCGAAGACCCAGGCGAGCAGAUGCGGCAGCCGUGGCAGGAUGAAGGCGCUGGUGGCCGUCCUGCUGGCCCUGCUCUUGUGCGAGCGGCAAGGGAGAGGGCAGGCACAGGAGGUGGAGGAUGACGGCGGGGACUCUGGGCCAGAAGGCUACGAUGAUGAGGACGACGAGGAGGAAGAGGAGGCCAACAUGAUUGCAGGCAGCAGAGGCACAGUGCUGCUGCAGUGCUACGCCUGCCAGUCCCUGCACAGGGAGGAGAACUGCAAGCAGGUGCAGAGCUGCAUCCUCCCCUGGACGUGUAAAACCAUCAUCUCCCACUGGAGUUCUGAGGCAGGUCCCGGGACCACCUACUCGGGGUGGUGCGCAGACACGUGUCAGCCCAUCAACAGGACGGCGGAUGGAUCCCUGAUGACCAUAUCCUGCUGCCAGUCCAGCCUGUGCAACAUCCCACCCUGGCAGGACCCCCAGGGAGGUGGGGCAGGCCGUCCCCAGGGUAGCCCCGCCACUGUGGCCACCACCCUCCUGCUCAGCCUCCGGGCUGGCCUUCAGGCGAUGCGGUUCUGAGGCGGCUGGUCCCAUUCCCAUCCCCGGCCCCGGCGUGUACCCUGGCUGGCUGGCCAGCACUCCAUCCACUGUCUUCCCCUCCUGUCCCUCCCCGGCCCCGGUCCCAGCACUGGGGAAGAAAUUGGAAGCAUCCGUAAUGAUCCAGCCAGCCCUGGUUCCUCCCAGCCACAUCUGUCUUUCCUCAGUUUCCCCACCUAGCAUCCUGGCCUCUUCUUCUCGCCUGUGUGUGGUGGGAUGGCCAGCAUGUGGGUGUUAGUUCCAGGCCUCAGCCUCUCACAGGGUGGGUCCACACAGCUCCUGCCCCCAGCAGAGAAAGCACUCACCGUAUGCCAGCGGGGAGCCCACCCCAAUUUGCUCCCCAACUUCCCGCCAACAAAACAUCUCCAUCCAUGUGAUGGGCGGUCAUUUCUGCCUCACAGCCCAUCUGGAGGAGGAGACUUUGGGAGGAAGCCUUCAUUGGCCUAUAGGAGGAAGGGACCCCCACCCCAGGAGGCUGCAGGGGUUUGGGGGUGGAGUCAGUGAGGGUCCAGAAGAGGAAGACAAAAGAGGGAGGCAGGAGGGGUGGCUGAGAUGGGACUUUGCAGCAACCACUAGCCUGGUGGAGGCCGGAAGCACAGGGGCAGUGGAGGGGACAGUCAGACCAGCAGCGUCAGGGAGGGGUGAAUGGCCCCUGGGCUCCUGAGGAGAGGAGGAGGGGAGCACUGGGAGGGGGCUGGGUAGGAGAACCUCAGCUUCCCAGCGUCUGCUCUGGCUAGGCUGGUGUCAUUGGCUGCUGGGCCUUUGGCCUUGUUGACUGGUGCCAGGACAGAGCCCUGGAGUGGGAGGGAGGAGGCCUGGGUCUAGGCCUCAGUUCCCCAUCAGAGCAGUACCGAACAAAGCUUAGAGGACCCCUGAUCCCCAUAGCUCAACAUCCCCUGGGCUGGGAAGCCCAGAACUCUGUCUUGCCUGUCAGGUGUCCCAGAAGGCAGAGUAGUCUCCCACUUUCCAUUCUCCUCUUUCCUUAUUAAUGGAAACCUCAAGGUCCAGCCAGGGAUGGGGGCCAAAUCCCUUAGGUGGAGAUAACAUAACUUUCUCUUCUCCUUCCUCCUUCUUGUGGCUGGAAUGAUGGCUGGAGCACAGCAGCCACCUUGCACCAUGAGGCAGCAUACUGAGAAUGGCAGGGCAGCAUGGAGGAAGGGACCUGGAUCCAUUAGACCAGCAUUGCACUGCCUAGCUCAGCACCCCUUUACCGGGAGGGAAAUAAACCUGUGCCAUC